GUCAUUGUCAACGCGCGAAAUAUCAAAAAUCCUUUCAGAUUCAAGAACAGGCGGGAGGAAGAAAAAGCUAAUCAAGUGCUGAUGAAUAGGUAGUGAACACUAGUUAAUAACAUUUAGCCAUACAACACAUUUACGUCGAUGUACGUGUCUUAUGACUGUUUCGAAAAGAACACUACGGAAGUCUUGGUUUCCUGUUUUAAUGAAGGUUCAGUGCGAAUAGCACAAGACUAGGGGAUAAGUCAAGAUGAGUCUGAUGGUGGUAUCUCAACAGGGAGUGGAUUUCCCUUCAGAGGUGCCAGUAGCUGAGAGUGAUUCAGACAGCGGGAUGGGUUCCCCAAUAGAGAGCAUGCAGAUGGCUUCGGAGAUGAUUUCCAACACUGUUGACCUACAAGAUUCAGAUGAUGACGACAUCACAGUGCACCGUCGUUCCCGUGGUCACAAGGCCCUGAGGGACAGUGAUAGUGAGGAAGAGGCGAGGGCUGGGCCGGAGAAUGGCGUUGAGAUGGCAGAUCCUCUGGUCCUAUCAGCGUCCAGUGGCGAUGAGAUGAAGACUGCAGAGGAAGGGGACAAAUCACGGAGCAAGAGGUCCCGGAUAGCCCCUAUCAACAGUGAUGAGAGCGCCCCAGAGGAGGAGGACAAGCCUGUAAGGAAGGAGUUGAAGCAGAAGAGGGAAAAGAGCCAGCGACACAGAGAGAAGAAAGAGAAGCGCAGCAAGGCUGUGGAACGCCUGAAGAAGAGGGAGAGACCUGAGGAGGAGAUCCCCCGCCCACUGAAUGACAGUGGUUGUCUCCUUGGCGACAAUGACCUGUAUGAUGCUGGUUUGGAUGAGGAGGAGGAGGAGGAGGAGGAAGAGUCUCUGGAUGCCAUCAGAGCAGCAGUCAAGCAGAAAGCCAAAAAGCACAAGGAGCCUUUAUUUGAUGAUGAAGAGGAAGAGUCUGGACCAAAACACCGCCCCCAGGAGAGGAAGGCUGCUCGAGCCAGCAAGGAGGCCAUGAAACAACUGCACAGCGAGAGCCAGAGGCUGGUCCGGGAGUCCUCAUGUGGCCUGCCCUACCAUAUGCCUGAGCCCAAGAGCAUCGACCAGUUCUUCAGAAGGAGAGCCCGACCCGAAGGACCUGCUAUGGCAUUACUGAAGUCUGCAAAGUAUGAGGAUUUGAUAAAAGAGGCACCACCUCCCCCCAACCCUCCCAAAGAGCCCCAAUCCUCCCAGCUCCUGUCACUCACCCAGCCCACGGCCACGUCCUCCCCGCACCGGGAGAACCACAGCAGGGCAGAGGAGACCUCCCUCACUCAGGAGACUGACGACCAUGAAGCCCCACUACCAGCGCUCGCCACCAUCAUGCAGGGGGCCAAGAUGGUGGAUAGUGCUGAGGUUCUGCCACAGGACUUGCCAGGUGAUGGACGUCUAGAGCAGCACCAGGCGGAGGUCUCGGACAUGCAAGCCCCGGAGAAGGAGUCCACGGAUGGGGACGCAGCUCUACCCCAACCCGCCACAGCCAGUGUGGAGGCCGUACUGCUGCCACUCUACAAACCCAAGAAGGACCGGCUGGCAAGACUACGGGAGCUUGGGGUGGAGCCUCCGCCUGUCCACAAACUGUGUAUGGAUGAAGGCUCCUUCGACCUGGAACCUCCUCAGCUCAACCCAGGCGUUGAGGCGUUGAAGGAACGUUUCCUCCGGCAUGUCCAGCCCGUGGCCCGGCCCCGAGGGGAACGCACUGUGCAGCUCAGCGUCGUCCGGAAAGACAGCAACGAGGAGCUCCGCCAGGAGACUGUCACCACCACCAUCAAGGAGGGGGAGGAGGAGGCCGCGCACACUGCACCUGGAGAGAAGCUGACCAGCCUCAAGUCCCGUCUGCAGCUGGCCAUGGCCGUAAAGAGACAGGAGGAGCGGGAGCGCAAGGCCGCCCUCCACCGCCUCGACAACGAGGACUGUGGCGAGGAAGAUGAGGAGGAAGAGGAAAUGACCGAGUCCGAGGGGGAGGAGGGUGUGGAUGAACUGCUCGGGGGUGGUGAUGCCGAUGGCGAGGAUGAGGGGGAUGAGGAUGAGGGAGGCAGCGUGGUCCAGAGAGACGUUAGGAGCCCCUCCCCGUUAAGGUUAAAGGGUCCCUCCCCGCCCCCUGACCUGCUCCACACAGACGGAACCCUCAUGCUGUUUGCCAACAGCUCCUGUUCGCGCACCGGAGAUGGUGUGAAGAGGACCGGGCCUGGCGGUCGAGAAAGCUACUCUAAAAUGGAGGAGGACGACUCUCUAUCUCUGGCCAAGGACAACAGUAGUUUGGAGCUGCAGGCCUCCAUGCUGCCAUCCUACCAGCCCGUCAACCGCAACAGCGCGGGGGGGCGGGGCCUGUCGGCAAGGGCCUUCCGCUCGCCCUCACCCUGCUUCUUCAGGCCCAGCUUCCUGGGUUCCGCCUCCAGGAGCUCAGGGAAGCUGUCUGAACCCUCCCUCUCCCUGCCUGUCGAGGACUCCCAGGACCUGUACGCUCCCCCCUCGCCCGUCGAGUCGCCUGACCCCCUGGGGGCCUCCUCCCAGGGCCGCUUCUCCCUGGAGGAUGACACGCACUCCCAGCUCCUGGACGCCGACGGCUUCCUCAACGUUGGGCCCCGGGCCGGCCCCCCGCGCUCCCACAAACGACAGCUCCUGCUGGACAGCUUGGACGAGAACGCCAUGGACGCCAACAUGGGGGAGCUGCUGGGGCUGUGCUCCGGAGGUUUCGGGAAGGCCGGUGGAGCCGGGGCCUCGCAGGAGGAUGAAUUGCUAGGGCUGUGUUCGGGGGCGUUUCCCUCUAGUCAAAAGAGAGGGGAGGAGAGCGUGCGAGGGUUGAUAGGGACGACACAAGAAGACGAGCUCCUGGGGCUGUGUUCCGGAGUGUUCCCCGUCACCCAGGCUGAGAAGGAUGGAGCGGAGGGGAGGAAGAGGGAAGAGGAGAAGAUGGAGCUGGAAAUGGACAGGGACAGUGAUAUGGAUCAGCUGCUCGGCCUUUGCUCUGGGAAGUUCACUACUCAAGGCCUCUCCCAGGUCAACACAAGCUGCUCUCCUCACCUUUCAGCUGCUGAGGACAGUAGUAAGAAGCUGGAUGAAGAGGAGGAGGAGGAGAAAGAAGAGGAGGAUUGUGAGUUUCGACUUCUGUCAGAUGUGGAGAGUCAUAGUGAGCAGGAGGACGAUGAUGACGAAGAGGAUGGAGAAAAAGACAAAGAGAAUGAGGUGGAGGACGAGGAGAGGGAGGCUGUGUUUGCACCUCGGCAAGGAAAAAAGAAGUUGCGCAUGGCAGAGUUUGUGGACUCCGAAGCCGAGCUCUCGGGCAGCGACGUCGGGAGUGAGGAUGAGGACGACUGCGGCGAGGACGAGUACGAGGAAGAGGAGCUGCUUGACGAGCUGCCGUCUGAUGAAGAGCUGCAAGACCAGGUCAACAAGAUCCACAUGAAGCAUGUUCUUGACGAUGACAAGCGGCGCCUGCGGCUCUACCAGGAGCGGUACCUCGCCGACGGGGACCUGCACUCAGACGGCCCGGGCCGUGCUCGCCGAUUUCGCUGGAAGAACAUUGACGACAACUUCGACAUGAAUGGUUUGGGUGUUGAGGGUGAGGAAGAAGAGGAGGAGGAAGAGUUGGACCAGGCUGAGCUGCAGCGAAGGAAAGAGCGCCUGGAGAGGGAGCAGUGGCUACGGGAACAGUCAGAGACCAAGGCCAAGAAGGGGGAGGACUUGGAAAUGGAUGAGGAGAAAAUCGGGGAGGAAGACAGCCAGUUCAUGAAGCUUGCUAAAAAACUGACAGCCAAGAAACUACAGAAGAAAGAGCUUCAUGUUGCACCCCAGCAAGAGACGAGAGGCCCAUCUCAGAACCCGUUCCAGAGGCCCUCCCAACCCAACAUGGUGAAGAGGGGCUCUCUGUUGAGCCAGCCCCGCUCCGUGCUGCAGAAGCUGGCCUGCAUCUCUGAGGGGAACCCCCUUGCCCCUCGCAACACCCGAGGGUUCGUCUUUCAAAGCCUGUCACCAGAGAAGGAGGCCUCGACCACCGAGGCCCCCAAAAAACAGAUAAAGAAGAGGGGACAAGUGGAGGUUUUGGCCCCAGCUGCCAAGCGGCCAUGUCGGGAAAACGGUGCAACAGCAGCCAAAGGACCCCAGAGAAGUAUCUUCCGUUACCUGGAGAACUAAGGUGCCCCGAAAUGUGCCUGACUUGCCAGACACAAGCAACGUCAUGCUUAUAAUAUCCGGAGGGUGUUUUGCCUUCUCAGAUCUGGAGAUGUCAUCAACACUUAGUUUUUCUCAGAAGAUCAUUGUCUCCUUUGGAAUGAACAACACUUGACUACUAGUUUUUAUCAUGUAAAUAUAAUGGGUUGGAUUAUUUUAUAUAUAUUUUUUUU